CAUCUACUGCUUUGCGCUGCCGUUUUAGCUUUUCCUUCUUUAAAAAAAGCUAUACAGACUAUUCUCAAAGUUUCUUUCCUUAUUUUUCAUUAGCUAAGCAAAAUCCCAAGUUUAUAGAGCUAUUCUUCGGUCACUCUUGGUCCUACUGACUCUUUACUGAGUGCAGUUCACUGAAAAUUUUCCGGGAAGUUUUUUUUUUUUGCCGGAAAAUGGCAUAUAUGUGUGCUGAUAAUGGGAAUCUAAUGGCAAUCGCUCAACAAGUUAUAAAGCAAAAGCAAGAACAAGAGCAACAACAGCAGCAGCAACAACAACAGCAGCAGCAACAACAGCUUCUUGGUUUGAAUCCUUUCUCUUUAAAUCCUUGGUCUAGUACUACCCACCAUGGUGUUUCCAGUUCGGGUAAUGUCGGGUAUGGGCUUACGGGUCCGGGUUUUACCGACCCGUUUCAAGGGGAUGCUGGGGAAGGGUUUCAGUUCCCUAACAUGGAACAUCACCAUUCGAUUGGGUUUCGUUUUCCGGAUUUUGGUGGUGGUGCCGGUGGUGAGUUUGACUCGGAUGAGUGGAUGGAUAGUUUAAUGAACGGUGGUGGCCAUUCAACGGAUACUUCGAAUCUGCCGUCUGGUUGCGACGCGUGGCAAAACAGUGCUGAUUUUGGUAUCUACGGUGCUGAUCCGUUUACUGCUUGCCCGAGUCGACUCACCUUGACGUGUUCUCCGCCGUCUAAUCUGAACCGAGUGAUCCCUACUACUACUCUACCUGCAUGGCCGCCAUCCUCUCCACCGCCUCCGCCGCAAGUAACCGUUGAAGAAACGAAAACAAGCAGUCCCCAGAACCAGAACCCAACCAUCAACGACGGCGCGGGAAUCUCAUCCGGUUCACCGGAGACCGAUUUAUCUCCGCCGCUUUUAAAAGCUCUACUCGACUGUGCUACACUCGCUGACUCGGAACCUGAACGCGCGAUUAAAUCACUGGCUAAACUCAAGGAAUCGGUAUCAGAACACGGAGAUCCAACUGAAAGAGUGGCUUUUUACUUCACUGAAGCUCUCCAUAGCAGACUCUCUCAUCAAACAGACCAAAGGUUGACGAUGAUCGAAACGACGUCGGAGGACUUCACUCUCUCAUAUAAAGCAUUAAACGACGCUUGCCCUUACUCAAAAUUCGCCCAUUUGACGGCGAACCAAGCGAUUCUCGAAGCAACUGACCGAGCUAGCAAGAUUCACAUAGUUGACUUUGGGAUCGUUCAAGGAGUUCAAUGGGCUGCUCUGUUACAAGCUUUAGCAACCCGAUCAGCCGGAAAACCGACCCGAAUCCGUAUAUCGGGCAUACCCGCUCCGGUUUUGGGAUCAACACCGGCUCCUUCUCUUUACGCCACCGGUAACCGUCUACGUGACUUCUCGAAGCUUCUGGAUUUGAAUUUUGAGUUCGAACCGAUUCUAACUCCGGUUACUGAACUCACCGGGUCGAGUUUCCGGGUCGAUGAAGAUGAGGUAUUAGCUGUGAAUUUCAUGCUUCAACUGUACAAUUUAUUGGAUUCUACUCCGGCCGCCGUGGAAACCGCUCUUGCUUUGGCUAAAUCAUUGAACCCGAAAAUCGUGACAUUAGGUGAGUACGAAGCGAGUUUGAACCGAGUCGGGUUCUUAAACCGAUUCAAGAACGCAUUAAGGUAUUACUCCGCCGUGUUCGAGUCAUUAGAACCAAACUUACCUCGCGACUCACCUGAGAGAAUUCAAGUGGAGAAACACUUACUCGGCCGGAAAGUCGCCGGAGUCAUCGGACGGGAAGAAGCCGGCACCCAAAGGGAACGAAUGGAAGACAAAGAGCAAUGGAAAAUUUUAAUGGAAAUUUCCGGUUUCGAAACGGUAACACUUAGCCAUUACGCCAUAAGUCAAGCAAAAAUUCUACUGUGGAACUAUAAUUACAGCUCCUCAUAUUCAUUGAUCGAAUCCCAACCUGGAUUUCUCUCUUUAGCUUGGAACGAAGUGCCUUUACUCACUGUUUCUUCAUGGCGUUGAUGAACUUUCAUUGUAAAAAUGGUUUCCACCUGGUAAUUUUUCUCUAGUGUGGAAUGGUAGAAAGCUUUUUUGAGCUGCUUUAUUUCCAUGGUUGCAUAUAAAAGUUUUCUUCAAUUUGAUUUUGAUCUUAAGACUUUA